AUGUGUGAGUAUCAUGGAACUCAUGGUCAUAGGACCGAAGACUGUCACCAAUUGAGAGAGGAGGUGGCUCGGUUGUUAAAAAACGAUCACCUUCACGAAUUAUUGAGUGACCGAGCCAAAGGACACUACAAAGGCAGGGAAAAUAAUAAACAGGUCGAGCCUGUGGAGCCUCAACACGUGAUCAAUAUGAUAAUCAAAGGAACGGAAAUGCCACGAGGCCCGAUGAUGAAGAGGACAAAGGUUUCAACUGUUCGAGAAAAACGAACCAGGGAUUAUGUAGCCGAAGGAUCUAUUUCCUUCAACGAUGAGGAUGCAAAAGGCAUCAUUCAGCCAUACAACGAUGCUUUGGUAAUUUCUAUUCUAACUUUUAAAUCUCAAGUUAAACAUUUUUUGAUUGAUCCAAGUAGUUCAGCCAAUAUUAUCCGAUGGUGA